GCCCAUAAACCCAUUACUCUUGCACAAAACCCUAAUCUUAUUCUUCAUACUUCACUCUGUAGUGCUCUGGGGGGGAAAAAAAAAAAAAGAAAAAAAAAAAGAAAAAACGCUCAUCGACGCAUUUGCACAAACAGAGCCACCAUGGUUGCCGCCAAGAAAACUAAGAAGACCCAUGAGAGCAUUAACAAUAGGUUGGCUUUGGUUAUGAAGAGUGGUAAAUACACAUUGGGUUAUAAGACUGUUCUUAAGACCCUUAGAAACUCUAAAGGAAAACUAAUCAUCAUUGCCAACAACUGCCCUCCUCUCAGGAAGUCUGAGAUAGAGUAUUAUGCCAUGUUGGCAAAGGUUGGAGUCCACCACUACAAUGGAAACAAUGUAGAUUUGGGGACGGCUUGUGGUAAAUACUACAGGGUCUGCUGCCUCAGCAUCAUUGACCCUGGUGAUUCCGACAUCAUUAAGAGCAUGCCCGGUGACCAGUGAGGAUGCAUGCCAUUCUGAAUCUUGGAAAAUUGUCCAUUGUCUUUUCUAUAAGAAUAGCUAGUGUAGAUGAUAAUUUUACUUUAUUGUGGUAACUAGCAAGAUAAUGUUGAUGUUAUUUGAAUCAAGUUUUUUGUCUGAGCUAGUAAA